AUGGCCACCGAGUCGACACCGUUAAUCCAGACGGUCCGUGUUGCGCCGCCGCGCAGGAGGUAUCGACACGACACUCGUCGGCGCUUCUGCACCAUUGCCUGCACUUGUCUCCUCAUACUCGGAUUCACCUCAUUUCUUGUCAACGUAUUUUUCAUCUGGCCAUACCACCAUCACCAUGGCCAUCACAGCCACUACUCGCACUCGCAUCAGCAAGGCAAGCGCCUAUCUCACCAGGAGGUCGAGAAGAUCUUCUUGGAGACCCCAAGCGCCGAUUGUGCUGAAGAGUGGAGCCGAUAUUACACCUCUGGCCCUCACUUGGCGGGCAAGAAUUUUUCUCAGGCCGAUUGGACAAGGGAGAAAUGGCAAAGCUGGGGUGUUGACGCUAGCAUUGCCGAAUACGAUGUGUACAUCAACUAUCCCUCCGACCACAGUCUUUCUUUGCUGAAGAAAUCCGACGCGGAUGAUACGUGGAGUGUGAAUUUCGAUGCCUCUCUGACCGAGGCGGUUUUGAAGGAGGACCCUACCACUGCGCUCGAUAACGGAAUCCCCACCUUCCAUGGAUACUCUGCCAGCGGCAACGUCACCGGUCAGUUUGUAUACGUCAACUACGGAACCUACCAGGAUUACCAAGACCUUGUUGAUGCUGGCAUUGAUCUCAAGGGCAAGAUUGCUCUUGCCAAAUACGGAGGCAUCUUUCGAGGCCUCAAAGUGAAGCGUGCUCAAGAGUUGGGUAUGGUUGGUGCUGUGAUUUACAGCGACCCUGGUGACGAUGGUGACAAGACUGAGGCCAACGGAUAUGAGCAGUACCCAAAGGGCCCUGCUCGACAUGAGAGCAGCGUUCAGCGUGGAAGUGUUCAGUUUUUGAGCAUACGUCCCGGUGACCCAACUACCCCAGGCUACCCUUCUAAGCCUGGCGUUCCACGAGCACCUGCUGAUGAUACCACGCCAACUAUCCCCUCCAUUCCCAUAUCCUACGUCGAUGCGAUUCCCAUCCUCAAAGCUUUGAAUGGACAUGGUCCAAAGGCCUCUGACAUCAGCAGCUAUUGGACCAAGAAUCUGGGCCUCGGCUACAAGGGCGUAGACUACAAUAUUGGGCCCUCUCCCGAUGAUCUGGUUCUCAACUUGUACAACGAACAGGAGUAUGUCACCACCCCCCAGUGGGACGUCAUUGGGGUCGUCAAUGGAACAAUACCGAACGAGGUCAUUGUUGUGGGCAAUCAUAGAGAUGCGUGGAUUGCUGGUGGUGCUGCGGACCCCAACAGCGGCUCAGCCGUGUUGAACGAAGUUGUACGCAGUGUUGGCAAGGCACUUGAGGCGGGAUGGAAGCCUCUCCGAACCAUUGUAUUUGGCAGCUGGGAUGGCGAGGAAUACGGUCUCGUCGGCAGCACCGAGUGGGUCGAGGAGUAUCUCCCCUGGCUUUCCGAUGCCAAUGUUGCUUACAUCAACGUUGAUGUCGCCGCGUCUGGCUCAUUUUUCCAAGCCUCUGCUGCUCCUCUCCUCAACCAAGUCUUGCGGGACGCGACGCACAAGGUUCCCUCGCCCAACCAAACCGUCGCCGGUCAGACUGUCGGAGAUGUCUGGAGUGGCAAGAUUCGUACCAUGGGCAGCGGCAGUGACUUUACUGCAUUCCAAGACUUUGCCGGCGUCCCCUCGAUUGACAUGGGCUUCAAGCCAGGCUCCAACGGCCCCAUCUAUCACUACCACAGCAACUACGACAGUUUCCACUGGAUGCAUGACUAUGGCGACCCAGGCUUCCAGUACCAUCUGGCACUGUCCAGAGUUCUUGGAAUGCUGUUGUCAGAGCUGGUCGAUACCAUUGUCAUUCCCUUUGGCGCCACCGAGUACGCCGAUGCUUUGGGUAAAUAUCUCGACAAGGUAGGGGCCAAGCUCAACACCGAAGAGGACCCAACCACGGAGGAAGCCAUGUUCGCAUCGCGGGGGGCUGCGCGCUCCAAGGAUCCCAAAGGCAGCACUGAUGCUUUUGAAGCCAGCCUCGUGAAACUGCGCGUCUCGCUAAGCAACCUGCGGGCUAAAGCUGUCGAGCUAGACGGACGUGCUGCAUGGGCAAACAAGACACUGAGGCAGGGUCUCCCCUGGUGGAACAUCAUUGGCAAGAUAAAGCUGUGGACCACGAUUGCAAAGGUCAAUUUCCAGUACAAGCGUUUCGAGAGACACUUCCUAUUUGAAGGCGGCCUCGAUAACCGCAGUUGGUUCAAGCAUGUAGUGUUUGCGCCUGGGCUGUGGACUGGCUACUCUGGAGCCGUGUACCCGGGUCUGAUGGAGAGCAUUGAUGCCAAGGACUACAGCAAUGGUCUGAAGUGGGCGGGCAUCAUUGACGGGUGUGUGAACAAGGCUGCGAGGAGCAUAUAG